AUGGUACUACACGGCGUCUUCCCUAUAAAGGAUGCCGCGUUUGUUUUGCGGUAUUACUGCGAGUUCUACUCGGACUUUGGUGAUAUUCUGAAGCAGUUGCUAUACAAAUGCCGCGAUCUCAAUUUUGUUGCUUGUGCGAAAGCAGUUACGAGGGCCCUUACAGAUGUUUAUGAAAGCAUCAGGAUGAACACUGGUCUUGAAUUUGUUGAUCCCCUCUCCGAUGCAUUCCAUCAACUGCGAGAUCUGGCUAAACGAUUCGCUGUAGCGUUCGGUAAUGACCAUUUGAAGAAUCGCGAAGCCGUAGCUGUGGUGCACAGGGACGGUAUUCAAUUUGCGUUGAUGGGUUAUGACCCUAAUCGCAGAGAAGGUGCAAAUAAGCCUAUCAACAUCACAUUCCUUGAGGUCAUCAUUGAGUUCAGCGCAAAGCUGAUUCGACAGGAUAAGGCUGCAGUUAUGCGUUACUUGGAAAAACACGGUCCCCCAGCACUACCCUCUUCGAAGGAUCCGACAUGGGAACCUUACUUGUUGUACAGGAACUCUUUAACAGAGAAACAUCCUGACGAUGUUUCCUCAGUCCGCAGCUUUUCCACCGCAUACACUGUACGAGGAAGAGGACGUGGCCGUGGUCGAGGACGACUCACUCCCACACCAUCAGAAGCUUAG